AUGGCAAUCUCAGACUCAUUGAACAAGCGGCUGCGCGCUCGGCGCGAUGAAGAGGAAGAUGAGUUUGACGACGAGAUUCUAUCAGACGAGGUGGAGGACAUUGAAAAGGACGCCGGAAGCGAUUCUGACGAGGAAGAGGACAACUCCAAUUCCGAUGCCGAAGAAUCACAAGACGAUGAGGCAGAGGAUGAUGAAAAUGACGAUAAUUCAGAUAUAAGCGACACUCAAUCAGUCCAGUCUGCCAACGACAGAGAAGCAAUACAAUCCGAAUUCCGUCAAAUAUCAUUCGGCGCGCUUGCCAAAGCACAAAAAUCCAUUGGCAAGAAACGAAAACGAGGCGUAGAAGACAAACCAGAUGACGAAACAGACCAGAAAAAGCCAUCAUCUACACUAGACGAUAUAAGAGAACGACUACGUAUAGCACGCGAACGAAAACUCGGCCUUCACACCAGUACUACUACCAACAACAAUACUCAAACUAACAACGGAUACAACAAACCAAAGCCACCACCACGAAGCUCCAAACACGCGCCCGCAGUCCAAUCCUCCAGAAUCGCCGUCUCACGCAAACGCACCAUCAUCGAACCCACAACCACAAAGUCGCGAGACCCUCGCUUCGAUCCCACAGUCGUAAAAUCAUCUUCUUCAGCACGACGCAGCAACAACCCGUCAGCCGAAAACGCAUAUGCAUUUUUAGACGAAUACCGCGCUUCGGAAAUCAAACAACUCAAAGAACAACUCGCCAAGACCAAGGAUGUGACUCAAAAGGAAGAGCUCAAGCGCGCAAUAACAUCCGCGACGGAUCGACAGCGGGCGCUUGAGAAUCGGAAACGGGAGCAGGAGGUGUUGCAGGAACACAAGAAAAAAGAAAAACAACUCAUCAAGGAAGGGAAGAAGAGUCAGCCUUACUUCCUAAAGAAGUCGGAGUUGAAGAGGGAGGUGCUCAAGAAGAAGUAUGAGAGUAUGGGGUCGAAGGAGCGGGCGAAGGCGUUGGAGAGGAGGAGGAAGAAGGUUGCGUCAAAGGAGAAGAAGGAUUUGCCGUGGGCGAGGAGGGGGAUGGAGAAUUAA